CAAAAACCAGCGAAGCUGUCACUACCUUUCCCCGGCGAAGGGUUCCGUAAACAGAACCUCGUGAAGCGCGUAUUCCAAGGUUCAAUCCCGUGUGAAUAAUCAAUUUCCACUUUCACUCGAUCAGUCUUGGCCGGCGGUAUGAGUGCCAGUAGUGCCCGUUCGCUGAAAAUCUUUGUCGGCAACAUUGCAUGGACCGUCGGGCAUCGGGAAUUGCGUAAUUAUUUCAGCCAAUUCGGAAAGGUUUCCUGGGCCCAGGUGGUGUUCGAUCGGAAGACUGGACUCUCGAAGGGGUACGGGUUCGUAUCGUUCCAAAAGAAGACUGCCCUCGAGAACCUGGAGCGCAACCAGAAGCACAUACUGGAUAACACACCCAUCUUUUUCCAACACACCGACUAA